GUUUAUCUCUGCACAAAUAAACUGUCAUCUAGAAGUGAUAUUCUGUGAUAAACUUAUUCUUAAGUAUUCUACAAAAGCAAGAUCCAUUAAAGGUAUUUACUUAGGUAAUACAUUUCAGACUCAGUCCAAGGCCUACUUGUUAACAUUUUUGAAUAGAUAUUUCUUUCACUAAUAUAACGGAUUUUAGUGUGUAGACUUAUUGUUAUUUAAAGGGUACUCUAAUACUUAAAGACGGACGAAUAUUUGAAAGAACAUUUUAUGAAGAUCGGUUUAUCGAUACAAGUAGUGAUUCGAUACCACAAAGUGUUGAUCAACCAAGUCUUGAGAGACUGGAUACUCGUGUACCCCUUGUUACAGAAUAUAUGACUGAUCCUACGGAGGAAGAUAAUUUCAAGGACACAUCAGACAGUAACUUGCUAGAAAGUUACCUAAAGCCGCAUAUAUCACCAUUAGAUUAUAACACUUCCGAAUUCCAAAAAAUACAGAAUGUUAUAACUACUUAUUUGGCUCCAUUACGCAGUAUAUAUAGAUUUUACGGUAAACUUGGUAUGACUCAGUUACCGGAUAAUACAAUCAUUCUCCGUUAUGUUCAGUUCUGUCAGUUUCUGAAAGACUGUAAACUUCACCAGCAUACAAGUUUAGCUGCUUUAGAUAGAAUAAUUGCCAUAUCGUUUGGAUCUGAAGACAGUGAUGAAACAAGUGUUCAAAAUCCUGAAAAACUGAUCUCGUUUGGUUCAUUUGUAAAUAUUGUCGUUAUAUUAGCUUGUAACCUCUACACACAAGAAGAAUUUUAUCUGGCUGAAAAGAGCAAUAAGAGCAAACCAAGUGAUGCUCUACUGUAUUUACUAACUCAAGCGAUAAUCCCGAAUGCGUGUAAGAUUUCUGGUAUUAUUUAUCAAGAUCUUGAAAAAUCGAAAGAUAUCCUUUCAUAUUUGCAACCAUUUCACCAAGCUUAUCGAUUCUUCGUACGGAUCAAAAGAAGGGAUUUUAAUUUGUUCGAUCGAAAACUUACCGCAAGCGAUGUUGUUGAAGCACUGUGUAAAAGUAAUCCAGUGUCUGGUACAAUAGAUGAAUAUAACGCUGAUACAGAGCUCACAUUUUUUGACUUUUUCGAAGCAGUUAUACAUUGUGCGUCGGUUUCAUUUUUGAAAAAAGAUGAACCUUAUGAAGAAAAAAUGAAACUCAGUGUGAUAGAUUUGUCUGCAAAACAAAGCAGAAGACUAUCCCGUAGACCGAGUACUUCCAGACAAUCGAAAACAAAUUACAACAAAAAGCUUAAGGAGAAGAAAAGCAAAAUGAAAAGAAAUAUAGAUGUUCGAAAAUCAAGUAUAUCACCCGAAGUAAGUUAAGAAGUUACACUUUCGAUCAUUGAAAAACAGUAAUUACUUUAGGAUAAAUUGAUCUAGGUUUGGACUUGUGACCUACCAGUUGGAAAUCGAAUGCCUAGGCCAAUGAGUCGAACUCCACAAGAUCAUACAUCUGGUGAUCAGUCCUACAAUACGUAUCACAGAAACGUCAAACAAAUUGUGAUAUUUAGGGGAAUACAAUCCAUGAAGUCGUUUUCUCUUGAUCUGAGCUAAGUAGGAAAGCUCACUAAACAUAUUCUCCGUUCUAAAAGUGUCAGGAAACAAUGGUUAACAACAACCAUUGAUAUGGUCCAAAACCUCUCACAAUGGAACAAAUGUUUUCUUUCAAGAUUUUAGCACCCGUAAGCAUUUGAUCACUUUAUGGAUUUUCCUAACCCAUUUUCUUUUCCCUGUUCCUAAAAAUAUGUUUUCCUACUCACAGGAAACGUCAGCUUUCAGUGAUAUACUUUCGAUUAAGGUUUUAAAAUCUCAUAUCUCUUCGCAGAACAAAUAUGGAUAAAUGCAGUAAAUGAUUGAUCCCUUUGCCAAAAGCAUUCAUAUUAGUGUCCAGUAAACCGCAACGAUAAUAAUAUAUGUAUGUCUGCACACGUUUUAGUACGUCUACGGUUGGAACUGUUAGUCACUGGAAACCUACUGACUAAGAGACUGCCUGUAGGGUUUCACUUCCUUUUUUUUGUGA